GGUGUGCUACGGCUGCAGAGUCAGCUCCUGACAAACCUGCGAGGAUGGAGAAGAAGUUAGACCUGCACGUGGGGACCUCGGAAGGAGGUCUGAAGGAGCUGGUGCUGAGGUGGUUCACUGAGACACAGGCGCCGAUGAUCCUCAACAACGGGAACUUCCCUGACUGGUUUCAAGGCUUCGCUGCAAGAAAGGACACUGAAGAUUUACUGAGAGAUAAAGCUCAAGGCUGUUUUCUCAUUCGCCUCAGUGAUAAAGCCAUGGGCUACAUCCUGUCCUACAAGGGCCACGACAGGUGCCGCCAUUUUGUCAUCACCCAGAAUCAAGAUGGACAGUUCGUCAUAUCAGGAGACUGCCGGGCAUACGGCAGCCUCACGGAGCUGAUAGAGCAUUACAAAGUCAGCCCCAUCCAGCCCUUUGGAGAGCACCUGACCUCAAGUUGUUACGAGGAAGACACAGGUGAUCUGUAUGAUGUGGUGAAUUACAACAGCAAAGGGAAGCCUGCGGUGAGCGUUCAAGCUCUGAGGAGUCUGUGGGCCCAGAAAAAUGAUCACCACAAUAAUCAAAGGAUUCAGCAGGAAAAUGACCGUCCUCCAGUGCCGCCACAUCCACUGCCACCAAAAUCCCAAAACAGGAAGCUGAUGGGAAUGGUGUCUGUGUCCCCCACACAGGGUGUACCUCCAGUGCCGAAAAGAGGCAUGCCUCUGGGCUUCUGUCAGACUGGAUCUUUGCCUGAAACAACACCACAUCCAAGUGAAACCUGGACCGACCCAAAAGAUUCAGAGCUCAUGUCUGGAGACUUAUUAAAUACCACUUACACAAGCUACCCGGGUGAUCCUUCUCGACCAGGGCUCACAUACUCUGAGCUGACACAGGUGGAGAGCAGAAGCAAAUCUCUACCAAGACUGAACAACACGGAGGAGGACGAGUAUUCUAACCAGCUCAGUAUUCCCUCCUUCACAUAUUCGUCCGCUCCACUGAAGAUGGUUAACUGUCACACCUACUCCCUCCACGAUCCCAGAGACAGUUUGAGGCGGAGCAGCUCCAGGUCCGAACAACAGGGACGGGAUGUGGACAUGUUGAAGUCCAACCCGCUGUACCAGACCUCUGAGAGGCCCGGAGGGAGUUCAGCGCAGCAGGGAGGCGACAUGUAUGCUGAGGUUCCCGAGAGGGCAACAAGUGCCGGGCUGGCUGAUGACACCUAUGAGCAGAUCCCCAGGGAGGCCGCCGCUGUCCAAGGCAACACUUACGAGUCGCUGGAGGAAAUGAAGACAGAGAAGCCCAAACACACCUGGGGGAAAAAUAAUAUUAAAUGGAAGAAAUUCCGUCCUGAUCACAAGAAGAAAUAAAUGAAAUGAACUCUUACAGGAGGAUUUUAAUAGAGUUUGGUUAAUUAUAAUAAAUUCAACGAUCGGAUUUAAUUUGGAUGUUUUGGCUCAGGUAUACCACACCAAUGUGCUUAUGUUGUGUUCUCCUGAUUAUACUUUUAUUUUUAAUUUACACCAUUAUUUUCUUCUGUGUUUCAUGUCACUAUGUUAAUGUAAGUGUAUGUACAUUUGUUAUGCAUGUAUGACUACCUUAGUGAAUAGAUGUCAAUGUCAGCACAUUUCAGUUACUUGCUUUUCAUAUGUAAUGUCUCCUCCAUAAUGAACAAAAGCAAUUCCUUUCCACAACUGAUCCGGCAGCUGGUGGGAUUUAACAGAAUAAAGAGUCUGUCAUAGAGUCCACGGGUGAUAGAAAGUGAGAAUCCACUGUCCCACAGUUGUCAAAGGUGUUUCUGAUGUAUGGUGUGUAACAAGUCUGUAUUUAAAGGGGAAAUUUAAACACUGCAUACGUGAGAAAAGCCUUUUGUUGCCCAAAGGGAACUGCUGAUCCUCAAGGGACGUCACUUGAGCGUCGGCUGGGGCUGAAGACUACAAACUUGAAAAUGAAAAGAAUCCCACUGCCCACUACGAGCAUCACACACGUGAAUCUCCGACUGAACUCUCUGCAGUGGGGUUGCAUUGUGGUAAUGAAUUAGUCAGGU